CUUUUCUUCCAGCGCAUUCAAUGUCAAAGCUGAGGACUCGGAGCGGCGCGAUCCUUUGCCACUCCCCUUCUGCUGGGUGACUUAUCAGAAAGCGCGCAAGACCACUUCCGGUUACUGGCCCGUCCCAUUCCGCAAACGAAAAGGAAAUUGCGUCAUAAGUAGGCGGGGUCUCGAGUUCGACAAUAGAAUUUCUGUGAAGCACACAGCACAGUACAGUAAUCUUCUUCCCUCUUGCUGUCGAACUCUCAAACGCAAAUCACAGCCGACAGCGCCGCCUAGCAGCACUUUCUCAAAGUUCAUCGUCUCUGUAAAACCGGAAGUCAGUAUAGGCUCUGUCGAGCCAACAUCCGCAAACAAGGAGGCAACAUGGUGCUCGAAAAGAAGAGCUCGGCUCGCGUGGAGGCAGGCCAGCGGAGGGUUCUUGAUGAUGCCACCCGACUAAGGAGGCUGAGUCGGCAACUCGAGGCUUUGGAGAAAGACAACUUCCAGGACGAUCCUCUGAGUUCGCUACCCCCGGCAGGUUUGACCGCUCGGCUACCCGCCUUCAGUGAAACAGAGGAACCCGAGAAGAAGAAGAGGAAGACGCGAGGCGACCACUUCAAGAUGCGCUUCAGGAAAAACUUCACGGCUCUCCUCGAGGAGGAGAAUUUGGCGGAUAAACCGGAGCCCAAUUACCUCUCGGCGCUGGCUCCUCCCUCGUCGCUUCCACCACGCCAUUUCUGCUGUGUGUGCGGCUUCCCGUCAAACUACACUUGCACGACCUGCGGGGGGCGGUAUUGCUGCGUCAAGUGCUUGACGACACACCGUGAAACCAGAUGUCUCAAGUGGACGCUGUGACGGACGCUACCUGGUUGCCGUGGCAACACAGUCAUUCACCUUGUCAAGAGGAAAGCAACAAUUCCCCACUUACUUGCAAAUUCAUAUCUUCCCUCACUUUUUUGGGGAGGCUGGACUCAAGGAAGUACAUUUCAAUGCAGCUCAGCUCAUAUGCUUUGCUUGUAUGUGUUAUUUGCAAUUACUGUAGCAUCUAUGCUGAUUUCUGUUUUUUUUUUUCAUCUGUCAUUUCACAUUGUAUGAUGACAUUAAGCUAGUGGACUUUAGGUGAAAUUACAUGCUUUGGUUGAACAUAAAUGUAAUAAAUAUACCUUGAUUUGCAUGUCAACUGGGAAUGACAACCGCUUGAAGCAAGCAUACUGUGCCGCUUAGUAUUUGGUAAACUGCGUGAACACCUUCCCACUCCAGGGGUUACCUCAAAGGUAUUUCUUUGGCAAAUAUGCAGCCUUAGAGGUGUGUGCAUAUCAAUAUUUGGGCCUCAGUUAGUGAAGGUCAGAUAAUCGGAUGUCAAAAAAUGAUCUUGAGCCAUAA